AUGGAUUCGACUAAGACUAAACAUGCUGUUGAAAAAAAGAUUAAAAACAAAGAUGAACAUAUCAAAAACUCUUGGUUCUGCAGAUAUAAUUUACUUAGUGUAACAUUGAUAGCAUUUGGAAUAUCAUCGUUAUUGUUUCUCCCAGACUAUAUUCAUAAGCAAAUGAUGUUUAAUCUUGAACUACGUCCAGAUUCACGUACAUUUAGUGAGUGGAAAAAACCAACAGUUCAACUUUAUCUCGAUGUUUAUAUAUUUAAUUGGACUAAUCCAGAAGAUAUUAAAAAUGCAUCAACAAAACCAAUCCUUCAUCAACUUGGCCCAUAUCGUUUCCGCGAUUAUCCUGAUAAGCAUAACAUUACAUUUCAUGAAAACUCGACAGUAAGCUAUAAGAAAUCGAAUAUUUACUAUUUUGUGCCAGAAAUGAGCAAUGGAACGAUGGAUGAUGUAAUUUCAGGUGUAAAUUUACUUGCAUUGGGUGCUGGACAUUCGUCAAGAUAUUGGAAUGCAUUUAAACAAUAUGGUGUGUCUACAUCACUUAAUACUUUUGGUCAAAAAAUACAUGUAGUAAAAAGUGCUCGUGAAAUGUUAUUUGAUGGCUAUGCAGAUCCUUUAAUGACAAUUGGUUCUUGGUUUUCAAGUGAUGCUGCUGAUUUUGACACAGUUGGAUAUAUGGUCAAGAAAAAUGCAACAGAUCGUUUGACUGGAAAGUACACAGUACAUACAGGCGUUGGAAAUAUUUCUGAACUUGGAAAGAUUAAAAAGUACAAUGACAAAUCUUUUUUUCCACACUAUCAAGGAGAGUGUAGGAAGCUCAAGGGAUCACCGGGUGAAUUCUAUCCUCCUGGACGACAAAACAAAGAAGACACAAUGUUUUUAUUUACACCUGAAAUGUGCAGAAGUCUUCCAUACGAAUAUGAUUAUGAUAAAACUAUUCAUGGAUUAACAGGCAAUCGAUAUACUCUAGGACAGCGAGCAGUAGACAAUGGACAGCUUUAUAACGAAAAUAAAUGUUAUUUCCAACAUGAAAUGUCUUCUGGAGUUUGGAACAUGUCAGCAUGUGCCUUCAAUAAUCCAAUUUUCAUGUCAUAUCCACAUUUUUAUAUGGCUGAUCAAAGUUAUAUUGAUGCCGUUGAAGGACUUUCACCACAACAAGAGUUACACGAGUCGUACAUGACACUUGAUGAAAAAUUAUCAAUAACAUUAGAAACAACUGCAAGAUUUCAAACAAAUGUUAUGCUUGAUCAAUUCGGUUCCAUUUCACUUUACAAGAAUGUUCCAAAAAUUCUGAUGCCAUUAUUUUUCAUCGAACAUAAAUUUAUCAUCGGCGAAAGUGACGCAAGUCAAUUGUAUUAUGGAUUACUCAUAUUUAAUCUCAGUAAAUACGCUGGAUUUGUUUUAAUUUUCUUGGGAACAUUCCUCCUAAUUUGCAGAAGACUAAAAUGUUGCAAUAAGGGACCUGUGAUUGAAAAAAAUCUACCAGAAGCGUGUGCACUCGUAAUUAAAGAAAAUACUGUUUAA